AUGCUGACUAUAUAAAAAUUACUGUUUGGCUUCUGCUCACCCAACCCAACCCAACCCAACAAAACACACACACACACACAGAGGAACAAAAUAAAUAAAUUCGUCUUGUCUUGAUUAAAAAUUAAGAAAUUGGAGCAAUUCCGAAGCACCAAAGCUUCUGACUUUUGAGACAUGGACCUUCUCUGCAAAGCAUACUCAAACGCCUCGGACAACGACGACGACGAAGAAGAAGAAGAAGAAGCUCGACCACUUAAACAACCGAGACCCGACAGCUCCACACCCCAGAAUUGGAAGCAACACAAACCCAAUAACCCAUUUCAGUAUACCAACACUUACCAUCCUCCGCCGGCCGCAACCCAGUUUCCGGUCAUCCGUUCUGAGACCCAAGUCCCUGGUAGAUACAUAUCCAAGAGAGAGCGGGCUCUGUUGGGCUCCCAGCCCAGCGUCCCCGACCCGAACCCAAACCCGAAUACCCUGGCCACCACCUCCCCUGUGUUGGGGAGUAUUUCGGAUUCUGAUGUUCGUCGCGAUAUUGUGUCAUUGUUGAGAAAUAAAGCGAAGGGCUGUUCAAAGCCUGGAAAAAUGCCUGAAAGAAUGUCUGUGGGUCUAAAUAGACAUACCAAAGCUGUCAAUGCGGUACAUUGGUCACCUAGUCAUGCUCAUCUUCUAGCCUCUGCUUCGAUGGAUCACACAAUCUGCAUAUGGAGUGUGUGGAACAGUGACCAGAAGGUAGCCCGUGUGUUGAAUUUUCACAAUGCAGCAGUUAAAGAUGUAAAAUGGUCGCGGGAUGGAUUGUUUGUGCUUUCUUGCGGAUAUGACUCCUCUUCAAGGUUAGUGGAUGUUGAAAAGGGGAUAGAGACUCAAGUUUUUAAGGAGGAUCAAGUUGUCAGUGUUGUUAAGUUCCAUCCCGACAAUUCAAAACUCUUCAUUGCUGGGGGAUCAAGAGGCAGCCUCAAGCUGUGGGAUGUUAGAAAUGGCAAGGUGGUCCAUGAUUACAUUCGAGGUCAUGAUCCUAUCCUUGAUGUCGAAUUCACCAAGAAUGGCAAGCAGAUUAUUUCCUCGAGUGAUGUAUCUGGACGAAACCUUAGUGAGAAUUCUAUUGUUGUUUGGGAUGUUUCACGAGAAGUUCCUCUCUCUAAUCAGGUGUACGUAGAAGCAUUCACCUGUCCCUGUAUUAGAUUCCACCCGUUCGAACAAUCGUUUGUUGCACAGUCAAAUGGUAAUUAUAUUGCAAUCUUCUCUGCAAGCCCUCCCUUCAAGAUGAACAAGUACAAGAGGUACGAAAGCCAUGGGGUAUCAGGGUUUCCAAUAAAAUGUGGAUUUAGCUUGGAUGGGGAAAAGCUAUUGUCAGGCUCCUCAGAUGGUUCAAUAUACUUCUAUGAUUAUGGGUCUUCUGAGGUUAUCAAGAAAAUCAAGGCAUUUGAGCAGGCCUGCAUAGAUAUUGCGGUCCACCCGAUCAUACCUAAUGUGAUUGCUGCGUGCAAUUGGAACGGAGAAAUUUCUGUAUUUGAGUGAGAUGUUCAUCUAAACUCUCCAUUGCAAGGCAGUCUUUGGUUGUCUAAGAGAGAUCGAUGCAGAUGGAUAUACCUAGAAGAUGAAAAGGAAAUAUGAAUAUGCAAAGAACUUUUGUUUGUUUUGUUUUCAUAUUGACCAGGUUACUGUAUACACUUCUUGAGUCUAGGAUUUGAAUUAUUGCUA